AGUGGUAGGUGCGUACAACAUCUGCGCAACUCCUUUUCCUGUCACGGCAUUGUAAGAAGCAGCUGAAAGAUACACGUCCAGGGUAGUUUGAUUAAAAUUAGUCUAAGCGAAGAAAAAUUCGUAGAAAAUAGUACGCUCUGGAGGAAAAGGAUGGCUACUGAUUCAUGGGCCCUGGCUGUGGAUGAACAAGAAGCUGCCGCCGAAUCGCUUGGCGGUCUGCGCAUCAAAGAAAAAGAAGAGAAGCCUAAAGCCGAAGCAAAUGGAACUGCGAAGCCUGAAGAAGAUGGUGAAAAGCAGACAACAGAUGAAGAUGACAAAGAUGACAAAGCAGCACAGUCGCUGUUGAAUAAGCUGAUACGCAGCAACCUCGUGAACACAACCAAUCAGGUGGAGGUUCUGCAGAGGGACCCCAACUCUCCGCUGUACUCCGUCAAGUCUUUCGAGGAGCUGAGACUGAAGCCGCAGCUGCUCAAGGGGGUGUACUCCAUGGGCUUCAACAGACCCUCCAAAAUCCAGGAGAACGCCUUACCCAUGAUGCUCGCUGAGCCCGUGUGCGUUCCCUCUGGUUCCAGGCCGCAGAACCUGAUCGCCCAAUCACAGUCCGGCACAGGCAAAACGGCCGCCUUCGUGCUGGCCAUGCUCAGCCACGUGGACCCCGCCCAUAAGUGGCCUCAGUGCCUGUGCGUUUCCCCCACGUACGAGCUGGCCCUGCAGACCGGGAAAGUCAUCGAGCAGAUGGGCAAUUUCUACCCCGAAGUCAAACUGGCCUACGCCAUCCGCGGAAACAAACUGGAGCGGGGGAUGAAGAUUCAGGAGCAGAUCGUCAUCGGCACGCCCGGCACCGUGCUGGACUGGUGCGCCAAACUCAAGUUCAUCGACCCCAAAAAGAUCAAGGUGUUUGUUCUGGACGAGGCCGACGUAAUGAUCGCCACCCAGGGUCACCAGGACCAGAGCAUCCGCAUCCAGAGAAUGCUGCCCAAGGAGUGCCAGAUGCUGCUCUUCUCGGCCACCUUUGAGGACUCUGUGUGGCGGUUCGCCCAGCGGAUCGUGCCCGACCCCAACAUCAUCAAGCUGAAGCGCGAGGAGGAGACCCUGGACACCAUCAAGCAGUACUACGUGCUCUGCAACUGCAAGGAGGAGAAGUUCGCCGCGCUGUGCAACAUCUACGGAGCCAUCACCAUCGCCCAGGCCAUGAUCUUCUGCCACACUCGGAAGACUGCGGGCUGGCUGGCCGGGGAGCUGUCCAGAGAGGGCCACCAGGUGGCGCUGCUGAGCGGGGAGAUGAUGGUGGAGCAGAGAGCCGCAGUCAUCGACCGCUUCCGAGACGGCAAGGAGAAAGUGCUGGUCACCACCAACGUGUGUGCAAGAGGCAUCGACGUGGAGCAGGUGUCCGUGGUGAUCAACUUCGACCUGCCCGUGGACAAGGACGGGAACCCCGACAACGAGACCUACCUUCACAGGAUCGGCCGCACGGGCCGCUUCGGCAAGAGGGGCCUGGCCAUCAACAUGGUGGACAGCAAACACAGCAUGAACAUUCUCAACCGGAUCCAGGACCAUUUUAACAAGAAAAUUGAGAGGCUGGACACAGACGACCUUGAUGAAAUUGAGAAGAUUGCUAACUGAGGAGGCCCUUUCUCUUAUUGUCCCACCAACGGGAAUCCAUUUCUGCAGAUGUCGGACUACGUUACCUCAUAUCAAAUUUUUGCAGUUGGACUGAAAGUAAAUUUAGGAGUUUAUUUUAUUUUGGAAACGACAAAAAAAAAAAAAUCUAAAAGCAGAAGAAAUGUUUACAUGGUGACAAUAAAAUUAGGUCUUAGCCUAGCCUUAAAAGGAAAGUGUUUUAAACUUCAGGUCAGUAACGAAAUGCCAAAUAGAUUAAAUUCUGAGUGAGCAAGACAUUUUGGAUUAGGUUUGCUUUUUGGUCUUCUUGUUUUCUUUGUUUUAAUUGAGUGGCCACAGAUUGCGAAAGCUGGACUCCCAUGUUUGUAGUCUCUGUUGUUAAUUGAUAGCCUCUCGUGGAGCACGUGUACGUACGCAAAGCAAUUUUACGCAGCGGUAUCUCAACACAAUUUGCAGUAACCACAGAGAUAUAAAAUCACUUGCUGCCGUUUUGAUUUUGAAACGACUGGAAAUGAUUCACAAUUGUUUUCCUUGAAAGAAUGAAGGAAAAUAUGAGGGAAUGUGUGCAAAGAUUAGCUAAGAGAACUGAAAUAAACACAGGAGAAGACACGUUAUCUAAAAAGUCACCCAUCGUCUUUCAAGCCCUCGGGAUUUUGAAGAGCAAACAUACAGUUAAUACUUGAAACAUUUCAAUAGGAGAUAUAAGGCUCAUUAACUUCGAAUGCAAGGGAGGCUUCUCUAGUGCAUGAGUGCGAAAGACGAGUGAGUGGCAUCGAUAAAACGAAACAUUCUGCGGUUUCUGAGUUCGAAAAGGUCUCAUCAACUUUAGCCUCCAGUUGAUGCUUUGUCUGCUACACCAAUCAAACAAAAAAAAUCUGUGGUACUAAUCACUAACUUUGUCCGAUUAAUACGAAUGAUUUGAUUGUAUCGCAUAGUAAAUUCUCAUUUGCACAUCGGAACACUGGCACACCAGUUGGAAACAAGCUAUGCAGUUCUCAAAAGCAACCAAUCUAAAGAGGAUAUGACCGUGGUUUUCAUAUAUAUAUAUUAUUGCACCAUGAAAUUAACAUUCCUGUAACAUCAUUUUAUAGAUGAGGUUCAUACUUAAUCCAGAAUUCUUUCUAGCCUGGGUGGAAGUGGGGAAAUUUAGUGUAUAACUAUUUAAAAAAAAAUCACAAUACGAAAUUAAUUUCAGUGUAGACCUUUGCAUCUUCAUACAUGGUGACUGGUUUUCUGAUGCAGCUAACAUGAACAGAGGCGUUACUUAGAAGGGAUAGGCGUUUCAUGGAUUUGUGAACUCAAUAUUAGGGGUGAUCAAAGAGGGACGGGAGAGGGUGUCAUCACCUUUAACAAAAAAAACUAAGAGGAGUUCCACCAAUCACAGAGCAUGUUGGUAGCGACAAAUUGAACAAUGCGGACUAAUGGGUGGAUGCCCUCUGGCUGUACCUUGCGGUAAUGACCACAGGGUACUCUGAAGUUGAAGUUUUUUAGUUUUCUUUCUCACGAAUGUACUCGGUGAGUGUUAAAAAUCCUCUUCUUUUUCCUGUGUGUAAGGUAAUGACCAUCAUUAUAUCCCCAUUUUAUUAUUUAUUUUCAAAUCAAAACGUUCCAUUUAAAGAAUGGCUUCAAAUUGACAGGAUAUUGUCAGUUCUAUUAACAGGAUCGCAUUUGCCAUUUCCUGUGUCAUUGGCUUGCAAAUUCUGUUCAAAGACAGGAAGUUAGACACUUUUACCAAGUAAAAACAGGAGUACGUAACAUGUACAGCAUAAGAAGUGUACCUAAAAUGUUAGGAAAGACUGCCCUAUUUCAGCGAUUUGGGAAAAAAAAAUGCUUUCCAGAACAGGACCGCAUCAAUUCGUGUUGCAAUUUUCUUUUGUACCGAGGUGUGUAUGCAUUUUAUUUGGUCUGUAAUUGGAUACCUACUGUAUUUAUCUGCCAAUGUUAAUGAGAGAAUGUUUGAGUGAAAUUAGUUGUUUUAAAAGCCUACCAUUAUCAUAACCAUGAAACCAGUAAAGCGCAGCUCUUAGUGCUUUUCACUUAUACCCACUGCCUUUAUGGUUUUAUGGUUAUUUCUAAAUUAUAUUUGUUGUAAUAAAGAAUGCCUACUUACA